CGCUAGCUUGAGCUUUCUUUCGAGUGCCUGGAGUGCCUCACGUUGACGUGCGCACAACAUGACACCGACAACAAUCGCUGUGAGGUUCUCAUCGAGAAGGAGAGCCGACAUUAUCGCUAUGGUGAUGCCCUGGAGAUCACCGUCGAUGUGAGAGGCUUCAAUCCAGUAGCUCGACAGCUGCUGUACCAGCUACGGGGGCAACUGCCGAAGUCUAUAAUGCAGCUGGGCAUUCUGGUACAAGGCGUGGAGGAGUUCGAACUGCCGGAGGGCUUCCUCGGUCUCGCGCGUCUCGAUGGGCUGGACUUGGUCGCCGGGCGAGCUGUCUCAGCCUCCUCUCCUGGUCUCUCGGGUCCACCUCACGCGUUCGGUCCGCCUCACGCGGUCGGUCCGCUUCGAAGAGUUUGUGGCUGCUGCCGGCGGAAGAAGGCUUUGUUGUGAAGAUUCUGAUCCCCAUGGACGACGAAAGCACUUGGAGACGAGAGGCACGAAGAGGACGCACAGAUCGCUUCAGCAUGAACAUGACGGCGCGUCGUCUUGACAGCUGCGAAAGCAAGUCAAUGAAACUGACAUCGGUUUUUGUUGAAGGAAAGACAUGGAACUGACAUUUCUUGGUGCUCUUGCAACGUCGGCAACGGUUCAGACCUCAGGUAGAGAGACUUUCAUGGAUGCAGACUGGUCACUGGCCGGGGUUUGACCGAUACUGUUUGGUCCAGUUCUUUCAGUCGCAGUGAGACUGUUUGGUUCGCAUAUAAGGCUUGGUCCGUGAAAGCUCCGUCUCUUGUCCGUGCACCGAGGGCCUGGCAGCUGACGCAGUGGGGUCGGAGGCCAUCGCUAGGUAGGAGGGCAGAGUGGCUUUUAAAAAGGUCUUUUCUUUCCUUUUCGUAACCUUCCAUGACUGCGAGGUUUGGCUUUGGCGGGGAAGACUGAGGCGAGUUCACCUCGUGUUUUGUCACAAAGCAGUGCUGUAGAAGACUUCAAAUCCAUGUGCUGUUGCAGGAACAAAAUCAGCCCAAGCAUGCGCAAGCUGCUUAAGCGGAGCACCAAGCGGAGCACCAAGCGAAACCGUCUUGGUUCAAUUCCCCGUAGUGGACCAGUGCUGUGGACCAUAUUUCGGUCACAAUUUCUGCUAGUCCAUGAGGGCGUCAAACACGCGUCGUUUUCCCGCGAUUUGGCCGGUCUGUGUGGGCCGCAGCCCAACUUGGAAGCCACAGAGUUUGGCCAAGAUCAAAGGUUGCGUCCCAUUCCACUGUGGAAUCAGC